AUGUCAAGCUCCAGCUCUGGCGGUAUCCCAGUACCAGCGCCGCAAACCUCUACCUCGCUACCCAACGUUGGUACCAAUUCCUCAACCUCACCAACCAAGAUUGCCACUAGUCCACCUAAGAUUGCCACGAGUCCACCUAAGAUUGCCACCUCCCCGCCCAAGGUUGCUACCUCCCCACCCACCCCCCCUUCUACCACUCUACUCCCGUUUCAGCACCUCCCCGUGCGUUCGUCCCCCCUUACCGGCCUUCCACGAAUUGAACAACGCCGUGUCUCCAAUGGCACUCUCCAAGCGUCUCUGGCAUCUAGAGUCCAACCGCGCCCACGCAACCUCGGCCGUGCGCAGCAGCUGCGCGCAGAGGUCGAUGGUGUGGUCAAGCGGCGAGUGGGAGCCGUCCUGGGUCGAGGGUUUAUCCUCAAGACUGACCACUAUCCCACGGGCCGCGCGCUUGAUCUAGACAUUAACAUCCAAGGCGCUCCCAACUUCCGUGCUCCUCGCGAGGAAGGGCUGAAUGUGUUCGGAGUAGCUCAACCCACAGUCCCCGGCCUCAAGUCUAUUCUAACCAUCCUCCAAUGUCAGCCGCCACGGACAUCCCCCAGCUCGAGUCGCGCGGGCACGCCUCUGGGGAGACGCCGGAGCUCUGCCACGCCUUGCGAGCAGGGCCACACCAUAUGGUUCUCAACACGCGAAGAGACACUCGUGUACAUCUCUGGACGGCCGUAUGUCCUUCGUGAUUCUGUAGAGCCUCUCAAGACCCUCGCUCUGUCUGACCGCUCUGACAACAUCGAGGACAUUGAGCGGCGUUUCAAGAUCGACAUCCUCGAGGAGUCAAAGCGGUACGGUGGUCUCAUCCUCUGCCACGACGAGGUUCAUGGUGGCGAGCUCGUGCCCUCGUGGGUCGCUGUCGACGAGCUCAGCAUCAAGACGCCACGGGAGAUCUUUGACGACAUUCGUGGGCGGGGUUGGAAGGUCGAUUACUGGCGCAUCCCCGUAGCACCUGACCGCCCCAUCGAGGACAACUACCUCGACGCCUAUGUGUCGCACCUCCGGGACGUCGACCCACUGACCUCCUCACUUGUGUUCAACUGUGGCAUGGGUGUGGUGCGAACGACGUUUGCAAUGUGCGCUGCGCUGCUUGUUCGGCGUGCGCAGUACCUCCGUCGUGGCCUCGACGACCCCUUCCCAGUGACCAACGGAUCAGGUUUCGCCACACCGGCUUCCGUACCGGGAACUGCAACCCCCCAUUCCUUGAAUUCCCUGGCGCUUGGCGCAUCACUGGGCGCGCCGCAAGCAGCCCAGAUCCUGCAGCAGGUUUCCCUGCAGCAGUACCUCAACACCAGUCUUCUCAAGGUCACGCGCAUGCUCGACGAGAACCUUCCUUCUCGCCGCUCCACUGCCGCCAUUGACCUUCUCGCCACCCACCCCAAGCUUCUCGACAACCUCCGAAGCGCGCACAUGGGCAACUACCAGAUCGUCCUCUCGCUCCUGUCCAGUCUCGACCACGGCCGGGAGCUGAAGCGCCUGGUUGACAUGAUCAUCGACGACUGCGAUUCGGUCGUCAACCUCCGCGAGAAUGCCAUCGAGUACCGUAUCAAAUACAGCUUGGUCUCACGCGAUGAUCCCAACGGCUCGUGGUACCUCGACAAGGCUGUUCGCUCCCUCGAGCAGUACUUCGACCUCAUUGUCUUCGCUGCCUACACAGAGAGCGACCAGGGAAUGCUCAGCGGGGUGACGUUCUCAGCCUGGCUCAAGAGCCGACCGGAGAUCUGGAACCAGAUCAAGGUGCUUCGUCGCCGCUGGGGCGAUCGCCUCUUCGCGUUCGCGCCAGCCAACGACCUCAGUGUCGUGUCGAGAUCUCUUGGCCUUGGAGACCGGCGCCUCACCCACAGGGGCCCGACCGAGGUCGAGGGCGGCAAGGUCCUGGGAGACGAGUGGGCCGAGCACGUCGUCAAGAACCGCAGCGGUAUCAUGCUGCGCGCAUCGACUCUUCUCAAGCGCGACCUGUGGGUCACAGACACCGCUUCGACGACAGAGGGUGUCCGCGGAGCCAUCGGCUUCCGCCAGGUCGCCAACGAAAGUGUAUACACGACCGGACAGCCGACGCAGGAGGCGAUCACGACGAUCCUCAAUAUCGUCAAGAAGCGCUCGCCGGACAUUUCGAAGGUCGUGUGGAUCUGCCUGCGCGAGGAGCCGCUGGUGAUGAUCAAUGGGGCUCCGUACUGCCUGCGCAGAGACACGACUGCGCUCCGCAACAUGCGUGACUACCACGGCGUCUCAGCCACUCGACUGGAGGUUCUCGAAGAGCGCCUCAAGAGUGACGUCGAGGCUGAGCUUAACAUGUUCGGCCACACUCUGCUCCUACACACCGAGGCUUCAGACGGCAAGGUCGUGCCACUGUGGGAGAAUGUCAACCCCGAGGACGUUGACUCGAUCCGUCAGGUUAUGGACGAUGUGGCGCUCCGCGAGGUGGACGUCAACCUCGUGUUCGAGCGCAUCCCCAUCACUUCCGAAUCGUCACCUGACUUCCACGACGUCACGGACCUCCUCGAUAUAUGCACACGCAUUGACAUGGAUAAGACUGCCAUCAUCCUCAAUGACCAGCUUGGCCGUGGACGCAGUUCAAACACGGCUGCGGUCGUCCUCCUAAUCCAGCGCUGGCUGAAGCGCAACCAGGACGGCCACCCGCCGUCAACACCCGCAUCUCGUCGCAACGCGUCGCGUAACCGGCUCGCAUUCACGCCGUCGUCCAAUACAAGCUGGCAGAUCAUUAACAGUGUCCUACGUGUCAUCCGUAACGGCCUCGAGGUCAAGCGCAUUGUCGACGACGCGAUUGACCGCACGUCCGCAACGUUCAACCUCCGGGACGCGAUCGAAGACUACCGCGAUUUGGCCGAGGAGGCCAAGACUCCCGUGGACCGCAGCCGUGCUAUCGAGAGAGGCAUGCACAGCCUCCUGCGGUACUUCCACCUGAUCGUCUUCCAGGCGUACCUGGACGACACGGACCUCGACGACGAGAACAAGUACACCUUCGAGUCGUUCGUCAAGCACCGACCUGUGUUUAAGACUCUCCAGAACGAGUUGCUGACCGGUGGCCUAAAGAGUCUGACGCCGCUCGAGCGGACUGAGCCAGUGGAGGGAAUGGCUCUUGAGGAUGAGGUGUCUCACGUCGUAGCGAAUCGCACGGGUGCUAUCCUUUCUGCCCAGACUAUCCUCAAGUCCGACUUCUUCACCGGGCUGCAGAAGCAGAGCCUUCCAGAGCGCGUUGACGGUGCUGCGAACUACCGCAAGGUCCCGCUGCUCCUGGAUCCGAAGCUCAACGAGGAGGCCGGCGACAAGGAGGAGUAUGUGUACGGUACUGGUAUGCCGAGCUCCAUCGGUCUGCGCAAUGCGCUGUUCAAGAUGGGCGCUGGGCCCGAUGGUAACCGCAAGAUUGUCUGGACUUCUUUGCGAGAGGAGCCCGUCCUCUACGUCAACGGACGUCCACAUGUCCUGCGCCUGGUUGACAAGCCACUUACCAACGUCGAAACCACUGGCGUCACGGCUGGCGUUGUUGAGCGCAUGGAGAAGCAGCUCAAGGCCGACGUCAUCAAGGAGAUCCGUGAGGGCAACGGCAAGCUCCUGCUGCACGACGAGGUUGAGACCAAGCCGGGCAUGUAUGAGGUUGUGCCAGUGUGGGAGACGGUCGAGGAGAAGAACGUCAUAACCCCGCUCGAGUUAUACCGGCAGGUACAGGAUGAAGGCUACCACGUCGACUAUAUGCGGAUUGCCAUCACGGACGAGCAGGCGCCUCUUCCCGCGGCUCUGCAGGUGAUCGUCACGCGUGUGAUGAUGGGCGUCCGUGAGGACGACGACUUUGUUUUCAACUGCCAGAUGGGCCGCGGGCGGACCACGACGGGCAUGAUCGCAGCGUCACUCAUUGCGACGAUCGCGCGCGAGGAAACUUCAGCCGAGGUGUACGAGAGCGACGGGGAGAGCGAGGACCGGGAGAGCGAGGACGACGAGGUCGACCUCGACGAGGCGGCGCAGUACCUCAACGGCGAGUACAAGACAAUCCUGCAGCUCGUCACCGUCCUUCGCCACGGCAAGGAGGGCAAGCAUCUGACGGACCGUGCAAUCAACGCCAUGGACGGCGUCCAGAAUCUGCGCAAGGCGGUGUAUGACUUCAAGCUCAAGGUUGCGGCCGCCGAGCCCGGCACGCCCAAGUAUAACGCGCUCUUGCACCAGGGCGUCAACUACUUGUACCGAUACGGCACACUUAUCGUGCUCUCUAACUUCCUGCUCGAGUGCAAGGAGCAGGGUAUUGCAUUUGACAAGGCCAACUUCCCCGAAUGGCUGCAGAAGCACCGCGAGAUCCGCAACGUCCUCAGCCGCAAGAAGCUAGACUAG